AUGACAUUCGGCGCGUGUAAUGUGCGUACACUUCUUGACCGAGAAGAAAAUGCCUGCCCUGAGCGGAAAACUGCCAUCGUAGCUCGGGAACUAAGUCGCUAUAAUAUUGAUGUGGCUGCACUCAGCGAAACACACCUCUCCGAUGAAGGAGAGCUGGUAGAACACGGCGGCGGGUAUACUUUCUUUUGGAAAGAAAGUAUACCGCCGCAAAAGGACUCGCUUCCUCAGAGCCGCGAAGGUCUGGUGUAG